AUGGAUGAACCACAAAAAAUCCUCAGAGUAUCUAUUCUUCUCGCAGGUACACCGAUACCAGAGAUAAUCGAAAAAUUUGGGCAUUAUGGCAAACAAAUUUCAGAUCUUUUGCAAAAUGCUAUUAAUAGUAGCGAGCAGAAACUAUCGUUGAUAAUUAAAAAUUAUGAUGUAGAAAAUAUGGAGUUUCCUGAAGAAGACGACUUGCUGAAAACGGAUGGCAUUAUAAUUACCGGUUCUGCUUAUGAUGAUAUUCCAUGGAUUAAUCGCCUCACUGAUUUUACGAAACUUAUUAUCGACAAACAUCAACAUAUUAAAUUAAUCGGUAUUUGUUUUGGUCACCAAAUUGUAGCCAGAGCCGCAGGUGGCCAGGUUAUUAAAAACCCAUUGGGUUGGGAGAUUGGUGUAACAGAAGUUUCACUUACUGAUAUUGGAGAAAAUUUUUUUAAGAUAGACAGUAAAGUUUUGCGUAUUCAACAAAUGCAUCAAGAUCAUGUGAAUAUUUUGCCUAAAAAUUUUCAUAAUUUAGGGUUUACUUCAAAAUCUCCAUUUCAAGGAAUGAUAAAAGUAAAUCAAGUCUUAACAGUUCAAGGUCAUCCUGAAUUUGUUGGUGAAGCAGAAAAGUUAUUAAUUAAUGCUCGAUUAAAUAAAGGAAUUUUUACUCCAGAAUUUGCACAAGCCGGGUUGAAAACUGCUGAUUAUGAAGAUGAUAGAUUAUUAAUUGGACAAAAAUUUAUUGAAUUUAUGAUUACUCAUUAUUUUCCCAAUUCGGUCAAACCACCGAUUUCAGCUAGCAUCUUA